UUUGGAAGUUGUCGAAUCGGAUCAGAUAAAUAGGAGCAUUGCCACACCUUGGCGCGCGCAUUCACCCCACGUCUUGAGCAUUCCAAGCUCCGGCAUACGUCACCACCAUAAUCUUAAUAAUAACACGCAGCACCACGACUGACUCACAACACGCCGCAGGCUCUCGGAAUAAAUAUCAACAUGUCUGAGAAGACAGCGCCCCACGGAGGGACGACACACAGACCGCAAGCGCAGCAACGAGCAUCACUUCCAGAAGCUGAGGACCCUCCAAUACCUACAUAUGCGGAAGCAAGCGGCUAUGCGCCACCUCCAGGACCACCACCGGCCACAACAUCAAGUGCACCACCACUUACUGAAGUCGCAUCACCACCAGCUGCAGAUGAGCUUCCUGGUUACGACACAAUAGAUCCCAAAAACACCGAAUUCCUCCUCUACAGCACGUUCAUUCACACACCCAACGGUCCAGCAUAUCAACUCUCGUCACCUCUCGACUCCUUCAACUCCCCUCUACGGAUACGACGUCUUCGCGCCGCCGAGAUCCCACUCGCACACGAACUACCUAUACAUUUCGACCGCUCCGAAACCCUCUACGAAGUCCAAGACCCACCGUUUCGCGAGAAUGAGUACUACCUGAUCGGCAAGAAACCGCACUGCUACGGCGGCGCUUUACAGUUGACUUUUGGGUGGAAGACCUGGCACAUCAGACACAUCGCUGGGCCCAACUCUGCGCCAAGGGAAAUCUUGACGUGCAAGAAAGUCAGUGCCGGUGGCGGCCUGUUUGGAAAAGGCAAAUCGAAGAGCGGAGCUGUGGAGAGAGACGGUCUCACAGAGCCAUUUGAGUGGAGGGAUACCGAUGGUAGGCUGUUAGCAACCGAAGGGCUACAGCUGCUGGCCGGAGGUGUCGUGCCGACGGUGCGUCUGAGCGAGGAUCUGGACAGCAUGUGGAGGGAGCUAAUUAUCAGCUUUUGGGCGGCAAGAUUGUGGGCGACAUUCAGAUGAUACCAGAUAUCGAUAUCUGGAGUCUCAGAGCGUGUAAUAUACUUGUACUUCUGGCACUUGGGAGCGCAUGGCGUUGGUCCCGGGGUUGGGCCGGCGUACAGCCAUGCUUUGGCGUUACAGUAUUGCGGCUCAAUGGCAUCGGCGUACACGUUGAGUGCGUCUAAAAUCACAACGUUAAUCUAGAAGGUCAUCCCCUCUAAUCGAAUCCUAGCCAGAUUGAUACACUAGCCAAUGGACCGUCGGUUCAGCGGGCAGGGUUGC